UCUGGAUAAGAGUGGUUUGCAGGCAACAGUGUCUAUUUACGAGGCUCUGAAGAGGUUGCAGAAUCAGCUGGGUCUGGAAGAGACUGGCAAACUGGAUCAGCCAACAAUUGGUGCCAUGAAAAAGCCACGCUGCGGUGUACCAGAUGUCCAGACAUUUGAUGGAGACCUGAAAUGGGAUCACAAUGACAUUACGUACAGGAUUCUGAACUACUCACCAGACUUAGAUGCGUCUAUUACUGACGAUGCCUUUGCCAGAGCCUUCCAGGUGUGGAGUGAUGUCACACCGCUAAGUUUUACACGUCUCUACGAGGGCACUGCUGACAUCAUGAUCUCAUUUGGAAAAAAGAAUCAUGGAGAUCCCUACCCAUUUGAUGGGAAAGACGGCCUGCUGGCACAUGCUUAUCCUCCAGGUGAAGGGAUGCAGGGAGAUGCUCACUUUGAUGAUGACGAAUACUGGACCCUUGGCACUGGACCAGCAAUCAAGACCUACUACGGAAAUGCAGAAAGUGCUAUGUGUAAAUUCCCUUUCCGGUUUAAAGGGAAGUCCUAUUCUACUUGUACCACUGAAGGACGUGAAGAUGGCCUGCCAUGGUGUGCCACAACGGCCGACUUUGACGAAGAUGGAAAAUAUGGUUUCUGUCCUAGUGAGCUUCUGUUCACAUAUGACGGGAAUAGUCAUGGUCAACCUUGUGUCUUUCCAUUCGUGUUUAAUGGUAAAACAUACACCAGUUGUACCACUGAAGGACGUGAUGAUGGGUAUCGCUGGUGUGCUACUACAGCCAACUUUGAUAAGGAUAAGAAAUAUGGGUUCUGUCCUAACCGAGAUACUGCUGUGAUUGGUGGAAAUUCUGAGGGGGAGCCAUGUCACUUUCCUUUUACCUUCCUGGGGAAAACCUAUACUUCCUGCACAAGUGAAGGCCGUAGUGAUGGAAAACUGUGGUGUGCCAAAACCAGCAGUUAUGACAAGGACAAUAAAUGGGGAUUUUGCCUAGAUAAGGCAAUCAAGACCUACUACGGCAAUGCAGAAGGUGCUAUGUGUAAAUUCCCUUUCCGGUUUGAAGGAAAGUCCUAUUCUACUUGCACCACUGAAGGACGUGAAGAUGGCCUGCCAUGGUGUGCCACAACGGCCGACUUUGACGAAGAUGGAAAAUAUGGUUUCUGUCCUAGUGAGCUUCUGUUCACAUAUGACGGGAAUAGUUAUGGUCAACCUUGUGUCUUUCCAUUCGUGUUUAAUGGUAAAACAUAUAGCAGUUGUACCACUGAGGGACGUGAUGAUGGGUAUCGCUGGUGUGCUACUACAGCCAACUUUGAUAAUGAUAAGAAAUAUGGGUUCUGUCCUAACCGAGAUACUGCUGUGAUUGGUGGAAAUUCUGAGGGGGAGCCAUGUCAGUUUCCUUUCACCUUCCUGGGGAAAACCUAUACUUCCUGCACAAGUGAAGGCCGUAGUGAUGGAAAACUGUGGUGUGCCACAACCAGCAGUUAUGACAAGGACAAUAAAUGGGGAUUUUGCCUAGAUAAGGCAAUCAAGACCUACUACGGCAAUGCAGAAAGUGCUAUGUGUAAAUUCCCUUUCCGGUUUGAAGGAAAGUCCUAUUCUACUUGCACCACUGAGGGCCGUGAAGAUGGCCUGCCAUGGUGUGCCACAACGGCCGACUUUGACGAAGAUGGAAAAUAUGGUUUCUGUCCUAGUGAGCUUCUGUACACAUAUGACGGGAAUAGUUAUGGUCAACCUUGUGUCUUUCCAUUCGUGUUUAAUGGUAAAACAUAUAGCAGUUGUACCACUGAGGGACGUAAUGAUGGGUAUCGCUGGUGUGCUACUACAGCCAACUUUGAUAAGGAUAAGAAAUAUGGGUUCUGUCCUAACCGAGAUACUGCUGUGAUUGGUGGAAAUUCUGAGGGGGAGCCAUGUCACUUUCCUUUCACCUUCCUGGGGAAAACCUAUACUUCCUGCACAAGUGAAGGCCGUAGUGAUGGAAAACUGUGGUGUGCCACAACCAGCAGUUAUGACAAGGACAAUAAAUGGGGAUUUUGCGCAGAUAAGGGAUACAGUCUGUUUCUGGUGGCAGCCCAUGAGUUUGGACAUGCUCUUGGUCUGGACCAUUCUAACAUUCAGGAUGCUCUGAUGUACCCCCUGUACAAAUAUGUAGCAGACUUCUCUCUGAAUGAGGAUGACAUUGAGGGCAUCCAGUAUCUCUAUGGACCCAAAUAAGGCCCAAAGCCCACUCCAUCCAAGCCAUCUUUUUUUUUUUUUUUUCUAAAAAGAAAGUACAGUAUUACUGAAAUAAUAGAAACU